AUGAAGACGCAAAUAGACCGAAGUACGGACCCGGAGGUGGCCGAGAAGCGGCCGGGACACCUGGCAGGUGCAGAGCCGCCGGACUCGCAAGAGGCCGGGAAGGUCUUUUCCACCCCUUCCUUCGAGCCAAGGGCGGGCAGCCCCCUGAAGGAGAGCGUGGGCCAAGGCGGCGAUUUCUUCGGUCUCAUCCGCCUCUUCGGCUGCGCGCCGGAGCGCUGUGCCCCGAGAACCAGCUGCGGCUGCGCCUGGAACGAGGACCUCCCCGCGGGGCCAGAGGCGCCGCAGCGCUUCGGCUUCGGCGGCUCCAGCGAGGAGCCCAUCAACUUCCAGGUCCAGCCUCCCGUGUCA